CAGGCCAGUGUUGAGGUAGUGUCCCCUUACUCUCUCCAUUUGGAUAUUUCCCCGAACAUCAGAGGAAGUAUCCCCUCAUCAUGUCAUUGUCUCUUCCCGGACCUUCCCAGGCGGGUCUCUUCAAGCCUGGGUAUCAGAGCCACGAUGCCGAAGACGGUGCCGUUAUUCGCAACAUCGAAGCCUGCCAGGCUAUCGCUCAGACUGUCUUGACGUCGCUGGGCCCGUACGGUCGGAACAAGAUCGUCAUCAACCACUUGCAGAAAAUGAUCCUUACCUCGGAUGCGGCUACUAUCCUGCGUGAACUGGAGGUUGUGCAUCCUGCUGCUAAGCUGCUGGUGAUGGCCAGUCAGCAGCAGGAUCAGGAGAUGGGAGAUGGCACUAACUUGGUCAUUGUUCUCGCCGGAGAGUUGCUGAAAAAGGCGGAGGAAUUGUUGCGCAUGGGCCUGAAGACGAGCGAUAUUGCUCAGGGUUACGAGAAGGCACAGAACUUUGCCCUCAAGACGCUAGAAGACCUCGAGGUCGAUCGCCUCCAGGAACUCCGCUCUCAGACCGAGCUUACCAAGGCUCUCCGCACAGUCGUCGCCAGCAAGCAGUCUGGAACCGAAGACCUCCUCGCAUCUCUGGUCGCAGAGGCUGUUCUUGCUGUCCUCCCCAAGAACCCCGUCAACUUUAAUGUCGACAACGUCCGUGUCGUCAAGAUUAUGGGUGGUAGCUUGGAGCAGUCUCGUGUGGUUAAGGGUAUGGUUCUUGGCAGAGAACCUGACGGUGUGAUCAAGAAGGCUAGCAAGGCCAAGGUUGGAGUCUUCAGCUGCCCCAUCGACAUUUCUCAGACCGAGACCAAGGGUACCGUGCUAUUGAAGAAUGCGCAGGAGAUGCUGGACUUCACAAAGGGCGAGGAGGAGCGUCUGGAGGCGGCCAUCAAGGAGCUGUACGACUCUGGUCUGCGUGUGGUCGUUUGCGGUUCUACCGUUGGUGACCUGGCCAUGCACUUCCUUAACCGCUUCAACAUUCUCGUGAUCAAGAUUCUUUCCAAGUUCGAGCUGCGCCGACUGUGCCGCGUUGUGGGUGCCACACCCCUCGCUCGUCUCGGUGCCCCCAUGCCCGACGAGAUGGGUAGCAUCGAUGUUGUCGAGACCACUGAGAUCGGCGGUGACCGUGUGACCGUCUUCCGUCAAGAGGAUGCCAACGCUGUCACUCGUACCUCCACCAUUGUCCUGCGUGGAGCCACUCAGAACCAUCUUGAUGAUGUCGAGCGUGCGAUCGACGAUGGUGUCAACGCUGUCAAGGCUAUCACCAAGGAUCCCCGUCUGGUUCCUGGUGCUGGUGCCACCGAAAUUCAACUUGUGGAGAGAAUCUCCGCCUUUGCUGACAAGACUCCUGGCUUGCCCCAGCAUGCUAUUCGCAAGUACGCUGAAGCCUUCGAGGUGGUCCCUCGUACUUUGGCCGAAUCGGCCGGCUUGGAUGCUACUGAGGUUCUGUCUCGUCUGUACACUGCACACCACCGGUCCUCUAACAAUGACGAGUCUGCUGAGGAAUCAUCCGCUGAAGAGGGCAGCUCUGCGAAAGAGGAGCCUUUCUGGACCACGGGUGUGGACCUGGAGGCUAGCUCUGCGGCUGGAACCCUUGACGCUGUGGAGGAAGGCAUUUUGGAUCUACUGGCAUCCAAGAGCUGGGCCAUUCGUCUCGCGAGCGAGGCUGCACGGACGGUGCUCAGUGUUGACCAGAUCAUUGUUGCUCGACAGGCUGGUGGUCCUAAGCCACCAGGCCCCAACCCCAACUGGGAUGAGGAUUAAAUGUAAUAUUUAGGAGAAUAUGAUAUCCUUUGGAG